AUGGAGAAACUUGAAACGGAAUUGCCUACGGCUGGCAGUGAGCCUGAAGCAGAGCCUCAAGAUGGUCCUCAAGUGACAUCACGACUGGGCCCAGUACGAAGUGGAGAUGGAAGGACCAAAUCGCGCUUCGAGGGCUAUGUGGAGCACCCGAGUUUGCCCUUCGAGAACGACUCACAAGAGAAAGUGAAUCUGCGGCGGCUUGGUGUGUCCGUGCUGGAGGACGGAGGUUUCCGGCUCCCUGGCGCAACCUGGUCUUUGGAAGCGGCCUGUCUUCCAGAAUGGAUCCGGAAACCACUCUUUGGGAACCAGCCAACACCUCUUCAAGCAGUGACGUGGCCACUACUCAGGACCAAUCGGGAUGUGGUGGCAAUCGCAGAGCCGGGUUGCGGAAAGACUUUGGCGUAUGCCGUGCCGCUGCUCAUACGUGCAGCGGCUUUACAAGGUGCGAGGCAUGAACAGCCGGACUGGUGGCAACAAAAGGCUUGGCAGGAAUGGCGCCAGCGUCCACCGGAUGGGGUGAUCCUUGUGCCAACCUCGGAGGUCGCGCAGCAGGUGCAAGAGCAGAUCAAGCCGCUCGCCAGCGCAGGAAGGGUGCAGGUGGCUGGAGGUACAGCUGAGAUAGGUGCAGAGGCGCAAGAGAAGGAAUUGUCUCGGGCUGGUGUGUUGGUCCUGACACCGUGGCAGCUUCAAUGCCAGUCCUGGGCGCUUGGGAAGGAUGAGGAUCUGGUGGUUGGUGCAGCGAUUGCUGGUGUCGCAGCACGGCGGUUUCGAACUUCUGUCGGAGCAAAGCCAUCCUGGCAACAAAGCAUGCUGCGCAUCAAGGAUCCCGAGAAAUCCCUGGACUUUUACAGAGACAAGAUGGGAAUGAGGCUAAUCGACAAGCUGGACUUUGAAAGCAUGGCCUUUUCCCUCUACUUUCUGGCAUCUGUUCCUGCAGAAGAAAAGACACCAGAGCCCGGAACAUCAGAAGCACAUCAAUACCUGUGGACCUUCCCCGGGACGACACUGGAGCUUACUCAUAAUUAUGGCAGCGAAAAGGAAGCUGGUGCAAUUUACCAUCCUGGGAAUGAGCCACAAGAAGGUAACAAGCGGGAUGGAUUUGGUCACGUUGCUUUCUCGGUGCACGAUGUCUAUGAGUUUAGUGAUGAGCUCCAGAAGUCUGGCGUGAAGUUUCAGAAGAAGCUAGAUGAAGGAAGGAUGAAAGGCUUGGCUUUUGCCUUGGAUCCAGAUGGCUACUGGGUGGAGCUGCUCAGAGGUGGUGUGAAGGGCCGAAACACCCUGGCCCAAACAAUGCUGAGGGUGAAGGACCCGAAAAAGUCACUUGAUUUCUACACCAAGCAUAUGGGAAUGACCUUGCUGACUCACCAUGACUACGACGACUUCUCCCUCUAUUAUUUGGGCACCAUUCCCGAGGGAGCAACUGAGUUUCCGGAUGACCGGCCUGUGCUGGAGCUCACGCACAAUCAUGGUACCGAGAAUGAUGCAGAUUUUCAGCAUUACAAUGGAAACGAAGCUGAACGAAAAGGAUUUGGACAUGUUGGCUUCUUGGUUGAUGAUGUUUAUGAGACUUGCAAGGAGCUGGAAGAGGCUGGUUAUGCUAUGCAAAAAGCGCCAGAUGCUGGCUCCAUGAAAGGCCUUGCAUUUGCUCGUGAUCCGGAUGGUUACUGGGACGUUGUGAUCAUAUUUGACGAGGCAGACGACAUUAUCAAGGACGGCGACGAUGAAGGCACACAGGCAAGGACGGUGCUGGACUUCAUGCCCAAGAAUCGCGUGCUGGGCUUCUUCAGCGCCACGUGGCCGCGGCGUACGCAUGAGAUGGCCCGGAGGCAUCUGCGACACGACGCGGUCAUGGUCUACGCAACGACGGAAUGUGAGAGCAAUGCUGCAGGUUUUUGCUUGGAGUGUCGCUUUGUGGUGCAGCGCUUUGAGGAGACUGAUGCAAGAAAAGGAAAGCGGAAAUGGCUUGCUCAGACAUCAGAGGAACCAGCCGUGGCCGCCUUGUCCAGGAUCAAGAUGAAGGCCGAGCAGCUGGGCGAUGAGGUCGCAAAAACAGGAACGCAUCCUGGCAGCAUGCCCUUGGCAUGGGCCGUGCUACGGCCCUCGGACGAGCCGCCUGAAGCGCGGCGGAUGAGGCUUGGUCUUGCACGACGAACCCGGCCGGAGGAGAGUAUAGCCGUGCCUAGAGGUGGAAGUAGAACUCGGUAG